AUGCGUUGCAACGGCGCUCCACUGCAGAUUAUGGACUGUUCGCUGGCGACUCUCGUGUUGCCUUCACAAUGUGGUCUACCAGCCCAGUUUGCUUUCACAGUGUCAUGCAACCCCAGACAUAUAGUCGAUUCUACCAUCUGCCCAGCAACAUGCAUCAACAAUUCAUUCAAGUGUUUUGCGUGGAAGUAUAGCAAACAAGCGUCUGUGUCUACGUUCGAUUCAAGGACAAACGGUCCAUCAAGGGUCCUGACCUACGCACAGCCAGCCUUUUCAUCUCUGCAGAAGACGAAUCAAAUACCAACUCUAUCUCAGGCUGUUUUCGAUCUGCCAGGAGCCAUGGAUUCGCACUCCGUUGUCGUUGCGCAGAAACAACAGGUCUCAGCCGCCGCUUCAGAGACCACACGCGAGGCCAUGGAGACAAGUGCGACUUUGCAAGGCCCACAUCUUCAGCCUGAUUUAUCGUACUUGGGAGAUAAUGAGGGUCGGUCUGGAGCAGCAGCCUCCAAGGGCAAAGGUAAGGCAGUCCAGUCGGUGGUUGAGUCUCCAGAGCUCUUCAAGGAGUUCAACUUUGACUUUUUCGAGCUUUCUGAUCUCAAGCCGCCAGAAGAACAAGAACAAGAACAAGAAGAGGAAGAAGAUUCUAAAAUCAACCCCGCUCCGCCUCAUCCAGCCACCGUCUUCAACUACCCAGACCUCAAAACAUGGUCAGUACCCACAACCGUGUCUCCAUCAAUCACCCAGCACCCCGACCCCCAACCCAUCUCUUCCCAAACACCCCAUACCAACUCUCCACCCACACAUACUCCCCCCAUCAAACCCCCACCAAAAAACCCCCGCUACUACCCGCACGCCCUCUCAACCCCCGCCAAGCACGCCCUCGCCCUCGGCCAAAAGAACCACAGCCUCCAACCAUGGACACAACAACACCUCCUCCACCACCACGAAUCCCGAAAAGAACUUGUACCGCGCAGCCUGGAUAAGGAUUACACUUCAAAAGCACUCGCGGCUAUUGAAUACGAUGUCCAGACUGCCCGAUGUACGAUGUUGAAGGCGACGCAGAAUGUGCGUCGUUGGUCUCGGGUACCGAGUCUUGAUGCGCAAAUGCUUGGGGAUGAUGAGGAGGAUGUGGGGGCCAUGUUGCCUCGGGUGCAAUCUUGUUCUCCUGGUGCGGAAGAUUGUGUGGGUGAUGUUGGGUCCUCCAGCGCCCCGACACCUUCUUUUCGUCCUCUGUGUCCUCACACUUUGCAUACUUGCAUCCCUGCACUCCCUCCGAACUCAUCAAACACCCUGAUCCGUGCAUCUAACACCUAUGCAAACUCCUCUCCUUCUCUUCCCCCUUCUCUUCCCCCUUCUCUUUCCCCUUCUCUUUCGCUCCCGCACCCGCUCCCCUCCCCCCACCCCAACAAAACUUUCGAUGCCUUCCUCGCGCCGCACAAAUCAGGUAAAGGCGAGACGCACCGCGCAAGUGCAAAUGCGAAGAUGGCGGUGAAAUCGCAGAAGCUGUUGCGGGAUGGUGGUGGGUUUACUGGUAAGACUCUUGUGUUGCUUGGCUGGUGCAAGCGCGGUGUGGAUGAUUAG